UGUCGUAAACAAACCGGGAAUGAACUGUCACAAUGACAAUCUGUUAUUGCAUAUCAUUGUACAAUCUGAUUGCAUCGAUUUAAUUGGUGUUCAGCAAAUUGUUGGCUGAUUUUUUCUGAAUUUUCAACGAUAUUUCAUUUAAUCUUGUAGAAUUUGAUAGGUAGAAUAACGAAAAAUACAAUGAGUGGUAGCGUUGUAAAUGUACUCACGCCAAAUGGACGUCGGCAAAACGUGAAGGUGCAACCAAAUACGGCAAUUCUGAAGGUUCUAGAGGAAGUAUGUGACAAGCACAAGUUUGAUCCAAAUGAAUAUGACCUAAAACAUCACAAACGAAUCCUAGACCUAACCACAUCGUUCCGGUUUUCCGGCUUGCCAAAUAACGCGCAAUUAGAAAUGGUUGAGGCGCAGAAGAAGCGAACAGAUGCUGAAGUUGAACUAGUCGUACAAAUGGGUGAUGGGAUACGUGUUGAUGGAAAAUUUAAACCGAAUGUAACACUUUUGGAUAUCAUACAGCAACUGUCUCCCAAUGAACUCACCGGAGAAGAUUUGUUUGCCAUUUACAUGCGAACCGAAGUGUCAAGUGACAAAUUGGAAAGUACGUCAUUGAAAGAUUUGGGUUUGAUUAGUGGUCGGGCAAUUAUUCGACUGAUCCAUCGUGAUCCAAAUGCAGCGAAAAUACAAGCAAACGUGGCACUGAACUUAGCCAAACCAAAUGAAGCAAAGGAUAAGGAAGAAGAAAACCGAGGAAAUAAAAUCAGAAAAACCGAUGACUUGACCAAAAGUACACCCAGUACUUCACAAUCAAUAAUCAAUGUGCUGAAAGAGGAAAAGAAGAAAGAAGAAGCAUUGAAACAGGAUUCCAUUGAACAAUCUAAAAUACAAGGGGAUAAAUAUGAUGCAAAUAUUAUUGAUCUAACUCAAAGCAGUGACUCUGAGGACCAAAAGCCAAUACCAGAAGAUGAAAAGAUGGUCAUCAGUUCACCAGAACCGCCUGUUGUUGAAGAGGAGGUUGAUGAAGAUCCCGGUGAAAUACACAUUUUGGGUGAACGAAAUGCGGUCUUAUUCACUCAAGAUGCAGCAAAGGCAGCCAAUCUGAAUGAUUUACCGGAUUCAUUCUUCGAUUUGAAUGUGAAUGACAUCAAAGUAUUAAUAAAAGGUUUACGAACUCAAUCGGAAGGUACGGUCGAACAACCGUUGCUGACAGCCAAAUUGCGUGAAAUGGAAGAGGAGCAAAAACAAUUAUCAUUGCUAAACCAAUACAAAACGGUCAUCAUUCGAAUCCAAUUUCCCAAUCGAUACGUUUUGCAAGGAACAUUCACUCCAUACGAAACCAUCGCAACUGUUACUGAAUUCGUGCGUCAAUACCUUGGAAAUCCAGAUAUUGAUUUCUACCUUUAUACAACCCCACCAAAAAGCGUACUGUCGAAGGAAUCACGACUCUUCGAAGCCAACUGUGUCCCAUCAGCAAUAUUGCACUUUGGCUCGGAAGAAAAGCAAUCAAAUUACCUGAAGGAAGACAUUCUUGAUAAAGUUUCAUCACCCAAAGCAUCGUUGAUCCAAGCAUUGGCCGAUCGGGGAAUCAAACAAUAUGCGGAAGCGUCAAACUCAAAGUUAGGCAACGAAAGCAACCCAUCAACGUCUCAGCAAUCUCGCAAGUCGAAUGCUGCAAACUUCAGUACAUCAUCAAAAACACCAUCAACCUCUGGCGAUGCCAAGCUGCCCAAAUGGUUCAAGCCAUUCGGAAAAUAAGACAUAAACGUACAACAAAAAUAAAAUUGCAUACAUUCACAGUGAUACAUCUUGUUAUUGCAUUUUUCAUCAUUUGAAAUAAAAACAAAAUAAUUUUUUUUUCAUUCGUAAAACAUAAA